AUGACCUGGCAAAUUAAGCUCGCCUCUCAACUGCGGGCAACUCCGCUGCGAUGCGCUGUUUCCCGGCCGAAUGGUGCCUGGCUGUCGUGCCAUCAGAACGGCCCGCGCCAUUUCUCCUCCAGGGCAGUCCUACCCGCCGGCUCUCUGCAAAGGGAGUCCACCAUGACCGUUACCCUCACUGCUAAGCGCACCCUGACCGCCUCCGCCGGCGGUCGUCUCAACUUGGACAACAUCAACCCCCACGUCAAGGCCGCCAAAUAUGCCGUCCGUGGUGAGCUGGCCGUCAAGGCCGAGGAAUACCGUGUGAAGUUGGCUCAGGGAGACAAGUCGUUGCCUUUCGACAGUGUCAUCUUCGCCAACAUUGGCAACCCUCAGCAACUGGACCAGAAGCCCAUCAGCUUCUUCCGUCAGGUCCUCAGUCUUCUUGAGAACCCCUCCCUGUUGGAGAACCCCGAGGCUCUCCGUACGUCGUUCGGCUACCAGCAGGAUGUCAUUGACCGGGCCAAGACCCUUCUCGCCGAUGUCCAGAGCGUCGGUGCCUACAGUCACAGCCAGGGUGCCCCUAUCAUCCGUGACAGCGUCGCCAAGUUCAUCGAGGAGCGUGAUGGAUUUCCCGCCAACCCCCAGGACCUGUACCUGACCGGUGGUGCCUCCUCCGGUGUGAGCACUCUUCUGAACGUCAUCUGCGAUGGCCCUAGUGCUGGUGUCCUUGUGCCCAUUCCUCAAUACCCUCUUUACACCGCUACAUUGUCCCUCCUCAACGCUCAAUGCGUUCCUUACCACCUGGAGGAGCACAGGGCCUGGGGUACCGAUGUCAAUGCUAUCCGUGAGAACCUUGCUCAGGCCAAGGCUGCUGGCACCGAUGUCCGUGCCAUUGUUGUGAUCAACCCCGGCAACCCGACCGGUGCUUCCCUCAGUGCUGAAGACAUCAAGGGUGUGCUCGACCUGGCUGCGGAGGAGAAGCUGGUGGUCAUUGCGGACGAAGUCUACCAGACCAACGUCUUCACCGGCGAGUUCAUCUCCUUCAAGAAGAGACUCCGUCAGCUGCAGCAAGAAGUGCCCGGCAAGUACGACAGCGUGGAGCUGGCCUCCCUGCACAGUGUCUCCAAGGGCAUGGUUGGUGAGUGUGGUCACCGUGGUGGCUACUUUGAGCUGGUCGGAUUCGACCCCGAAGUUGCGGCCCAAGUCUACAAGUACGUCAGCAUCAUGCUCUGCCCGCCGGUUAUCGGUCAGUGCCUGGUCGAGCUGAUGGUGAACCCUCCCAAGGAGGGUGAGCCCAGCCGUGCCGUGUACGAGAAGGAGUACAAUGGCAUUCGUGACGGUCUGCGCAAGCGUGCUUUUGCUUUGUACGAAGCCUUCCAGCGCAUGGAGGGUGUUGAAUGCCAGGAGCCCCAGGGCGCCAUGUACCUCUUCCCCACUAUCACCCUUCCCCCCAAGGCCGUCGAGGCUGCCAAGGCUGAGAACCGUGCCGCCGACGAGUUCUACUGCCUCCGUCUCCUUGACGCCACCGGUGUCUGCGUCGUUCCCGGCUCUGGUUUCGGCCAGAAGGAGAACACCCUGCAUUUCCGUACGACGUUCUUGGCCCCUGGAACCGACUGGGUUGAGCGGAUUGUCAAGUUCCACUCGGAGUUCAUGGCCAAGUACAAUUCCCUGAGUGCUCAACUAAGUAACUCAAACGAAGACAGACGGCCAUCAUUUACGUAA